AUGGCACGAUCGUGCCGCUUCAAAGGCACCUUGAAGAAGAUGUCGGGUGGCGAGGCUGAGGUUGAGGAGUCAGAGUCCGAUAACCACGGGGAGACCAAUGGAUCAGUUCUAUCUUCUUCAUCGUCCUUAAUCGCAGGUGAGUCUGAGCAAGAGCCGGAUUAUAUUUCGACUUCUGCCAUGGCUGGACACACCGUGGAGGCGAACGGUGUUCUCGGGAGUGAAACCGAGGAGUAUCUUGACCAGCGACUCUCUGAAGUCAACCAGAAAGCUCGUACCUAUGUUGGCGACCAGCUCAUGCAGUUUAUGAGUUAUUUCUUUGGUGAUCUCAGGCAGGCAGUUGUACAAUCGAUGGGAGAGACUGUCUCACAUGUCGUUUCACAAACGCUGUAG